CGCACGGGGGUGCAGCGUCUGGAGGAGGCUGUGGCGGCCGCAAGCCCGGAGCCCGCCGGCCUUGCCGAGAGGAGGUGCCCGAGCUGCAGCAGCCCCCGAGCCUCGCUCGGCUGAGGAGCGGCAGGACGGGGCCGGGCUCCCGCCCCUCGCGCCCCGGAUGGAUGUGCCCGGCCCGGUGUCCCGGCGGGCGGCGGCGGCGGCGGCCGCUGUGCUCCUGCGCACCGCGCGCGUGCCUCGCGAGUGCUGGUUCCUGCCCACCGCCCUGCUCUGCGCCUACGGCUUCUUCGCCAGCCUCAGGCCGUCCGAGCCCUUCCUGACGCCCUACCUGCUGGGGCCGGACAAGAACCUGACGGAGCGUGAGGUCUUCAAUGAAAUUUAUCCAGUAUGGACUUACUCUUAUCUGGUGCUGCUGUUUCCUGUCUUCCUCGCCACAGACUACCUCCGUUAUAAACCUGUUGUGCUGCUGCAAGGACUCAGCCUUAUUGUUACGUGGUUCAUGCUGCUCUAUGCCCAGGGACUGCUGGCUAUUCAGUUCCUGGAAUUCUUUUAUGGCAUUGCCACAGCCACUGAAAUUGCCUACUACUCUUAUAUCUACAGCGUGGUAGACCUCAGCAUGUACCAGAGAGUCACAAGUUACUGUCGAAGUGCCACCUUGGUGGGCUUCACAGUGGGCUCUGUCCUUGGGCAGAUCCUUGUCUCUGUGGCAGACUGGUCCCUGUUCAGCCUGAAUGUCAUCUCUCUCACCUGUGUUUCUGUGGCAUUUGCCAUGGCCUGGUUUCUUCCUAUGCCACAGAAGAGCCUUUUUUUUCAUGUUCCUUCCUCCUGUCAGGGAGUGAAUGGCAUCAAGGUACAGAAUGGUGGCAUUGUUACUGACACCGCAGCUUCUAACCACCUUCCUGGGUGGGAGGACAUUGAGUCAAAAAUCCCUCUAAAUAUGGAGGAGGCUCCCACAGAAGAACUGGAACCCAAGCCAGACCGUCUCCUUGUGUUGAAGGUUUUGUGGAAUGACUUCUUGACAUGCUACUCCUCUCGCCCUUUGCUCUGCUGGUCUGUGUGGUGGGCCCUUUCCACUUGUGGCUAUUUCCAAGUUGUGAACUACACACAGGGUCUGUGGGAAAAAGUGAUGCCUUCUCGCCAUGCUGCUAUCUAUAAUGGUGGUGUGGAGGCUGUUUCCACUUUACUGGGUGCUGUUGCUGUGUUUGCCGUUGGUUAUAUAAAAAUAUCCUGGUCAACCUGGGGAGAAAUGACAUUAUCUCUCUUUUCCCUCCUGAUUGCUGCUGCGGUAUACAUCAUGGACACUGUGGGUGACAUUUGGGUGUGCUAUGCAUCCUAUGUUGUCUUCAGAAUCAUCUACAUGUUACUCAUCACAAUAGCAACGUUUCAAAUUGCUGCAAACCUCAGCAUGGAACGCUAUGCUUUAGUGUUUGGUGUAAAUACCUUCAUUGCCUUGGCACUACAGACUUUGCUCACUCUAAUUGUGGUAGAUGCCAGCGGCCUUGGCUUGGAAAUUACCACUCAGUUCCUGAUUUAUGCCAGUUAUUUUGCAUUCAUUGCUGUGGUUUUCCUGGUGAAUGGUGCAGUCAGUAUUAUGAAGAAAUACAGGAAGCAGGAAGAUCCAGAAUCAAGUUCUCAAGUAAUCACUUCAUAAUACACUGCUGAAGGACUUCUUAUAGCAAGGACUCUGCACAUAAAUUGCCUGGAUAUAUUUAAUUUUUUAAUGUUUAGACAUGUAUUUAUGAAUGUGCAUUUCAGUGGCUUCAAAGCAGCCACUCAGCUAACACUUUGUGUUCCUGAAGUAACAAUGAUACUGUUCAGAGGAGCCAGAAAGUGAAAUUUAUUUCAUGCAUUAUUUAUGAGAUCUAAUUUAAGGGAGAUUGUUUUCUGAUUCAUAAGUGAACUUGAAUUUGAAAAAUCAAGUAAUCAAGAGCAAUCAAGAAUAUGCAGUGUUGUAUACUUGAUAAGCAAAUGAAUUUGAUGUUUUAUAGGUCACACACAUCUGUAUUGGCUUUGCCAGGUACUCGGCCUGGUGGGAUCAGGGCUCCGCAGAGGCCAUAAGAUCUUAUAAGUUAUGAUGGAAGUAUGUUCUGUUGGCAACUGCCUCUGUUCAACUUAAAUAUUUCUAUGUUACCCAUGUGCAUUUGUGUUUUUACAGAUGAAAGAUAACUGGCAAUAUUUGCUCUGAUUUAAUGUUUUUCCUAUAGGGAGUAAAUGUCAUUUCUAAUUUUAUUUUUAAAAAUUCAUUCUAUGAAUGUUCUUGGUUCCCAUCUUGACCAUUAUGUAUUUGUGUAGAUUUUUUUCUUUUUUAGUUUUAAAGAUUUAUUUAUUUCUUAGGCAGAAUUAUAGAGAUACAGAGAGAGAGAAAGAUCUUUCUGUUUGCUGGUUGACUCCCCAAAUGACCAGAACAGCCAGGGCUGGGUCAGGCUGAAUCUAGAAGCCUGGAGCUUUAUCCAGGUCUCCCACAUGGGUACAUGGCCCAAGCACUUGGGCCAUCUUCUGCUGCUUUCCCAGGUGCAUUAGCAGGGAGCCAGAUCAGAAAUGGAGCAGCUGGGACUCGAACCUGUGCCCAUUUGUGAUGCCAGUGUCACAGGUGGCAGCUUAACCUGCUGUACCGCAACACUGGCCCCAUGUAGAUUUUCUUUAGAAGUACAUUUUUGCAUUAUUCAUAUGCUUCCCAGAGAAGCUCAUUUAGUUAGGAAAAAGGCAAGUUUUGAAGCCUGCUAAUAAUCUAAAUGAAGAUUGAAUCAGAAAAUUUAAGGUAGGAUUGGUUUUCUUUAAAUCUUCAGUAUGAAGAACUAUUAAUUCCAUGAUGAAAAAUUCAUAUACGGGCUAAACAACCUGCCCAUUUUGUAUCUGCAUUCCCUUUUGUUUCCAAAAUAAAGUGAAAAAGUCUUUUUUAAAAUAACUUCAUUCCCACUUAUAGCUUUUAUAUUAUUUUGUCUUUCUUAUCCAAGAUAAAGAUAUCAGUUGGAGUUGGAUUACUCUAAGGUCUUUUUCAUAAACUGAGCCUCUUUUUAAUUAUUUCGUAGAACAGGAACUAGGAUAGAUUUGAUUCCUGCAUUUUGUACCUUAAAUCUGCCUUUAUUUCUAAGGGUAGAUCAUCUUCAAAUUUUGCUUAAAAUAGAAAUUGCUUGUGAUUCCAUUUCCAAGUUAUUUGAAAAAAUAUUCUUUAUGCAUACAACUCUGAAUCAGUCUACCAAGGGAAAGUGAGACUUGAAAACUAUUUUAAAGCCAACUUUGUUGCCUUACCUUGAAAAGAACCUAGAUAGGUGCUUUUAACCUUCUUGAGAAUGACAAAGCUAACAGUAUUAAUGAUAGUGUCAAAACUGCAAAAUUGACAUAUUCAUUUGAUUUAAGCAGGAAUCCUGGAAGCAAACAGAUGGGGAUAAGAAUAAGUCAUUUUUCUGUUCACUUUCCUUUACAAUUAAGGGAAAGGAAGAUAAUACUACCUAAAGAAGAGAAGGGGGAGUGAUGUCAUAAAAGUAGUAAUCCCCAUUUUAUAUUUUGCCUUUUUAAAAAACUUUAUUUUACUAUAUAGGUAAUUGUUUUCUCAGAGACAAGCAAAAAGUCACCUUUGAGGGAUUUUAUUUAAUCUUUUUUUAAAAGAUUUUUUAAAAUUUAAAAAUAAAUUGACGGUAGUACAAUCAGAUUGUUCGUGUUACCAAAGCAAUGUUUCCCUGGAAUUUAAUUCAACAUUUGUGGUACACAACGUGAGCCUUUACUUCUUUAAGAAUAUGGUCACAUCUUGGUAUGUAGCCAUAUCUAUAGAAUGCUGAACCCAGCAUGCAAGUUGUACUAUAUGCAAUUUUGCAAAGAAGUGAAAAUCAUUUGUUGUACUUUUUAUUCAAUUCUGUGUAGAUUAUAAAAUUAUUUUACUAAAUAAAUAUUUUAUGGUAUGUUU